AUGGAUGGAAAAAUGUCGAAAGGGAAAAAUAUCGAAAAUAAAAAUGUUGAAAACAAGAAUAUGAGCAAUGAAAUUCUUUAUGAAAUAUUUGAAUAUCUUGAACAUAAUGAUAUUUAUCAUGGAUUCUUUUAUCUUAAUGAUCGAUUUCAAAAUCUCCUUAUUAAUUUAAAUAUUCCAUUUCGAAUAAAUCUUUCAACAAUACCAAAAUCGCAUGUUGAUCUUUAUAAUAAAAAUGUUUUUCAGCCAAAUAAACAUCGAAUAAAUAUUCUUCGUUUAUCAAAUCCAUUUACAAUUGAACUGAUUUUUUCUCCACCAUGUCUUUUAUUUAUUGUUAAACAUUUAAUUCAUUUACCUAAAUUACAUACAUUAAUUCCUUCUCCUAUUGAUUAUAUUCUAAAUUCAACUAUUAUUUUCACUCAAGUAUUUUGUUUAAAAAAAUUAAAAUAUUGUAAAUUAACAUAUCGAGUUAAAGAUAAUAAAAAUGUAUUACCGAUAGAUUUUGAUCAAUAUGAACAAAGUUCUAUUGAAUAUUUGAUAAUAAAUAGUCCUUUUCAAUAUGAAUCAUUUCAAAAAUUAUUUAUUUAUCUUUCAAAACUUCGUCAUUCAUCAAUUAAUUAUCUUUUUGGAUCAAAUCAUUCACAGAUAGAUUUUUAUCCAAUUCAUUUAAAAGAUUUAAACUAUAUUUUUUUCGAUCUUCAUUCAAUUCAUUUCCAUCAAUUUGAAGAAUUAAUAAAAAAUUUCUUUCAUCAUAUUAAAGUUUUACGUAUUUCAACAUUCAAUGAUUCAUCAUAUUCACAUACAAAACAAUGGAAAGAAUUAAUUUCAUCUUCAAUGCCAAAUUUACAUAUUUUUGAUAUGAAUAAUAGUUAUACUAGUGCAAUGCAUCGAUUUUUAUAUCUUUAUUUAAGUGGUCAAUUUAGAUCGAAGUUUUGGAAGAAAAAACAAUGAAGAAAAGAUCAUACAUUUCAUUGGCAAUUUGAUCAUGACAUCGAUUAUUAUCUUAAAAAACAUGAUUUCAAAUCGGUUAAACAUAUUAAUAUUUGUAGUAAACGAGCUGUUACCAAUUCUGUCAUUUAUUUUUCAAAUGUCAUUGAAUUAACCAUUAAAAAUUAUGGUAAGAUGUAUUAUGGGUCAAUGUUAACAGCUCUUCAGCAAAUUCUUCCUUUAAAACAACUUAAGAAAUUAAUUAUUGAUUGUAAUGAUAUUCCAGUUCAACAAGUUAUAAAUUUAAUAUGUUUGACACCAAAUUUACAUUUCUUAAAAUGGAAUUUUCAAUCUAUUGUUCAAACUAAAUUAAAAUCAAUUGAACAAAGCGAAAAUUUUCGAUCUCUAUCAAAUACAAAUAAAAUUCAAAAUUUCCAAAUUCUUCAUUGUUGUUCAUUCGAUGAAAUUCAAAUUUUUAUUAAUGUAUUUCCACAAUUAGACUAUCUACAAACUGGAGAAUUUCGAAAACAAAUCGUUCAAAUUAUAUGA